ACUUUGGGCUCCUUGAGUAUUUUCCAUUUUGUACUUUGGAAUAGCCCCUCACCGUAUCCAGCAUGAAGUAACCUUCUUAAUGAUUAUCCUCAGCAGGACAGGUGUGAGAGGUUUGCUGUCGUGUUACAAUCAUGGUGCAGAAAUACCAGUCACCAGUGAGGGUGUAUAAACACCCCUUUGAGUUAAUUAUGGCUGCCUACGAAAGGAGGUUCCCUACGUGUCCUUUGAUCCCGAUGUUUGUGGACAGUGACACCGUGAACGAGUUCAAGAGCGAAGACGGGGCCGUUCACAUUAUAGAACGGCGCUGCAAGCUGGACAUAGACGCACCAAGGCUGCUGAAAAAGAUUGCAGGAGUCGAUUAUGUUUAUUUUGUCCAAAAAAACUCACUGAAUUCUCGGGAACGUACUUUGCACAUCGAGGCCCAUAACGAAACGUUCUCCAACCGGGUCAUCAUCCACGAACAUUGCUGCUACACUGUUCACCCUGAAAAUGAAGAUUGGACCUGUUUUGAACAGUCUGCAAGUUUAGAUAUUAAAUCUUUCUUUGGUUUCGAAAGUACAGUGGAAAAAAUUGCAAUGAAACAGUACACCAGCAACAUAAAAAAAGGGAAAGAAAUCAUUGAAUACUAUCUUCGUCAGCUGGAAGAAGAAGGCAUCACGUUCGUGCCCCGUUGGACUCCGCCUCCCAUAGCUUCCUCUUCAGAGACGACCUCGUCCUGCAAGAAACAGGCGGCGUCCUCGGCUGCUGUCGUCUCGGAUGCUGCCCAGGCGGAGGGGCUGGGCGGCGAGGCCCUCAGCAGCCCCAGCGGGCCGCCCGAGCCGGCGGCGGGGACCCCUGAAGGUAGGAAAGAUGCGAUUCCAAAGGACGAGCACAUUCUUCGGUUCCUACGUGCCCGGGACUUCAACAUUGACAAAGCCAGGGAGAUCAUGUGUCAGUCUUUGACUUGGCGGAAGCAGCACCAGGUGGACUACAUCCUCGAUACCUGGAGCCCCCCCCAGGUCCUCCAGGACUACUACGCCGGAGGCUGGCACCAUCACGACAAAGACGGCCGGCCGCUCUACGUGCUCAGGCUGGGGCAGAUGGACACCAAGGGUUUGGUGCGAGCGCUCGGCGAGGAGGCUUUGCUGCGAUACGUAAGUGCUUCCCGGGGAGGCCGCCGCCCCCUUCCGACCCUCACAACUGUCCCCUUAGAGCGAGCGUGGAGUGCGUUUGCAAUCAGGAAAGGAACUCUCUCAGUUAGUCCAUUCAUCGAUGACAACACCAGAAGGAAAUUCCUGAUUUACGCAGGAAAUGACUACCAGGGUCCUGGCGGCCUGCUGGAUUACAUCGAUAAAGAGAUUAUUCCAGAUUUCCUGAGCGGGGAGUGCAUGUGUGAAGUGCCCGAGGGCGGACUGGUUCCCAAAUCUCUGUACAGGACCGCGGAGGAGCUGGAGAACGAAGACCUCAAGCUGUGCACCGAGACCAUCUACCAGUCUGCCAGCGUCUUCAAGGGAGCCCCGCACGAGAUCCUCAUUCAGAUUGUGGAUGCCUCUUCGGUGAUCACUUGGGAUUUUGACGUGUGCAAAGGGGACAUCGUCUUCAACAUCUACCACUCCAAGAGGUCUCCCCAGCCUCCCAAAAAGGACUCCCUGGGGGCGCACAGCAUCACUUCCCCGGGAGGGAACAACGUGCAGCUGAUAGACCGGGUCUGGCAGCCGGGCCGUGACUACAGCAUGGUCGAGUCGCCUCUGAUCUGCAAAGAAGGGGAGAGCGUGCAGGUAGGCCCGUCCGGCAUUCCCUGCGGCUUGCGUAUUUCGUCUCGCAAAGGAGGGCUCUCGGGCUUCACCGAUGCCCCGCGUGGCUGGCGCGGUGUGUCCGCGGGCGAGUCCGUAGCUGUGUCCGGCUUCCGUUCCGGUCAGGGCGACUCUCAGGAAGCCAAGUGA